CACACCAAUUAAUCUGAUACAUGAAACAUAUAACGUUGUACUUGUACCCAAAAGAAUAGAUAAAGCACGGGAUCAAUUAAUAGUUUUGACUAUGAUGAAAUUGAGAAGAUUGAAGUGAAAGAAAGGAGCGUUGCGAUUAGGAAGCAAUGGAAAGGGUGAAGGCCGGUAGUGUUCUAUGGUUGGAGGGUUUGAGAGAGGCUUGUUGCCUUCAUCGCGUUCUUAUUCUCUGUCUCAGGUCGAGGUCGCUUUUGGUGCGGACAGGGCAGUGUUUCCUCCUUAAUGGUUUCAUUUUCUUAGGAAGUAUUUUCGUCCUAAACUCGGUUGUGAUCCCUGCUUUGUGGUGGAUAUUACCUGAUCAAUGCUCACAGCUUGUUUCUCAUAAACUGUGUGCCUUAGGUGGCAUUUUGAAAUUUUAUUCUUUCUUACGUCUUGCACUCAUUCAGCUCUUUUAUGCGUUUUGGUUUUACCCAUUAUAUGUGUUUAGCAUAGUUCUAAGCACCAUCUGGUACAAUGACAUUGCCAAGUAUGGGUAUGCUGCAAUGGGAAGAUCUAAGUUAACUGUGGACAAAGUCUCUAGCCAAAACGACACACUAACUACGCAAAAUGCUUAUCAAGCAAAAAGACCAUCUGGCCUUGGAGGGGUCAUGAUUGGAAUAGGAGAGCAGGUGUACUCAAUGCUUCUUUUGAGUGUUUUCUUUCUUGAGGUUUAUGCAACUGGUUUCAUACCAUAUAUAGGGAAGGUGCUCAAUUUUUUACUCCUUGCCUGGAUGUAUGCAUAUUACUGCUUCGAGUAUAAAUGGAAUUUCAAUGAAGUGUCUCUUGACAGAAGGCUGGACUACUUUGAAUCUUACUGGCCAUUUUUUGCUGGUUUUGGAAGCCCGUGCGUUUUGGCUAUAUUCUUUUUCUCUCCUCUUGUGAGUUAUGGGAUUAUGGCUAUACUUUUUCCACUGUUUGUUCUAACUGCAACUGGGUCCGAGGCUGAACAAGAAAUAUCCUUUGAAAAAUAUAAAUGGAGAGCUGCAGGAGUGGAAAGGCUUCCGAUAUUUUAUGUUGCAGAUAAUGUGUCGAUGUGGAUGUUAUCUCUUUUACCCCUGGACAAACGGGACCAGAUGCAAGACAGAAAGGCGCAAUAAGAUUAUUGCAUCAAUGAUUCUGGCAUAACUGACGACUGGAUGAAUCUCUUUAAGAUGCUGAUGUGGUCUGAACUAUAACUACUCGACUUCAGAAUUCUGGUGCAGAAGGUUAAAGGUAAAGCUACAAACUACUGCCAGACCCAAAAUGGACCGCGUUAGAGAGAAAUUCUACUUUGUGUAUGGUCGAUCCCAACUUGGUUUGUAUGUUAAACAAGUCUUUUGUGCAUAAUAACAACCCUGACCAAUAUAUUUAUAAAUUUAUUUAUGCAAAAUUCUCUUCCAAUACUCCCCUA